ACGGCUGAAACUGGCGAUAAAGUGUAAACAGAAAUCUUUCGUAGCUCAUCAUACUGUACAACAACUUCUAGCUAGUAUAUGGUACGAAGGAGUCCCAGGGUUUAGACGUCUCAGCAUCUUCAGACAAAUCUUUAUAAUCUUCAAAUUAGGAUUAAUGUAUCCAGCCUACUCGCUCAUGUACAUCCUAGCUCCAGCUACUAGGAUGGGAGAGUAUAUUAGGAAUCCAUUUGUAAAGUUUAUUAGUCACUCUGCGAGCUAUAUUCUAUUUCUGGGUCUGCUUGCAAUGGCAAGCCAACGGAUAGAAUACCUUUUAGUGGAAAUAAUAGGAACACUACUGGAGGACAAGGAGUUGUUAGAACUAGUUGAAGAAUGGGAGAAGAAAGAGAGAGGGAGUUUACCUUCCUAUGUUGAGAUCUGUAUUAUCGUCUGGCAGGUUUGUUUAAUCUGGAAGGACAUUAAAUCAGUGUAUAAGGAAGGGUUGAAAGAGUAUGUAAUGGAUCUAUGGAACCUGGCAGACUGGUUGACGAAUUUCUGUUUUAUUAACUGGAUUGUGCUCAGGCUGACAUCCUGCUAUCUUGUAAGCCUUGAGAUUGAGGCUGGAGCUGAUCCUUACAUUCCUAGGGAGCAAUGGCAUACUUACGAUCCCUACUUGAUAUCCGAGGGACUGUUUGGAGCUGGGAUGAUUUCUAGUUACCUGAAGUUGGUUCAUAUUCUCUCCGUGAAUCCAUAUAUGGGACCUCUACAGAUAUCUCUGGGUAGAAUGCUGGGAGAUAUUCUCAAGUUCAUUCUUUUAUUCUGUUUAGUUUGCUUUGCCUUCGCGUGUGGAAUAAACCAACUUCUGUGGUACUACGCGGUCCUAGAGAAAAGACAGUGUAAGGGUGAGGAGUUAAAGUACCGUGGUGCUGCUUGUUUGGUUUGGAAAAGAUUCUCCAAUCUGUUUGAAACCCUGCAGUCCAUGUUCUGGGCAAUCUUCGGCCUGGUCAGCCUGGCGGACUUCGAGCUGACAGGGAUAAAGGAGUUUACUCAGUUCUGGGCCAAGCUUAUGUUCGGUGCCUACUCCUUCUGUAAUGUAAUUGUUCUGCUCAAUAUGCUGAUUGCUAUGAUGUCAAACUCAUACUUCAAGAUAUCAGAGAAAUCAGAUAAAGAAUGGAAGUUUGCUCGCACCAAGCUCUGGUUGAGUUACUUUGAAGCAAAAUAUACUCUUCCACCACCCUUCAAUAUCUUCCCCACCGUCAAGUCUGUCAAGGGGUUGAUCAAUAUGCUGAAGUGGACGAGUGGAGGAAGUACAGAGAAGUAUAAUGGAGUUGAUAAUGCAAACAGUAGACAUCAAGAUAUUAUCAGAUGUGUUGUUAGAAGGUAUAUAAUGGCGGAACAGAAGAAAGCUGAAGAGUUUGGUAUAACUGAAGACGACGUAUCCGAGAUUAGACAGGAUAUAAACAAAUUCAGGUUUGAGUUGGUCGAUAUACUCAGUAGAAACAACUUCGAUAUAGGACAGGUUCGAGCUGGCUCCGGGUACUGUGGAGGUAGGAGAGCUAAACAAAUGGAGAGAAGAAUACUUAAGGGUUUCAAUAUAUCCCAGGUAGAGGAUAUGGUGAAGGACGUGUUCUCCAAGAAGGAUAAGUCUGGAGCUGUAGAUAUAUUUCAGGUUAUGGCCGAAGCAAUGAAUAAGAAUAGAAAGAAGAACACGGCUCCUGGAUCUCAGUGUAAGGAGAAGGAUAUAAAGAGUGAAGGUCUGAAGGAUCAGUAUUCUCCAGCAACUAUGCUGGCAGCUGGCAAGUUUAAGAACUACAUCAAGACCAUCAAGAAAUCUGAAAACGGAAAGAUUGAGGUUCGCUCCGGGUUAACUGUACCUACACCGAUGAGUGAAAGAGGAGGAGAAGGAGGGAGAGAAAAAAGAGAAGGAGAAAAGAAAAAAGGUUCAGAAAAGACCGAAAAAGGAGAAUCUGAAUUGAGCGCUGAUGAAUCUCCUCCGUCCUACUUUGAAAGGAAAGGACGAGGGUCUAAGCAUGAAAGAGCAAGAGAAACUAAAUCUCUACCUGGCAGAUCUCAAUCCUAUCCGGGGAAAGGAAUCCUGGCUCCUUCUCUCUCAACUAGAAACCUGAAUACAGAUCUAGGAAGCCCUGAGAUCAAAUCUGAACUUAUCGGGGCUGCAAUCAUCCCCUGUUCUAUAACACUUAAGGUUACUUCUGAACUGGACGGACCAGAAUUGAAAGUAGGGUCUGGAGAAGCUAGAACUAACAAUCUUUCCAACAAUAAAAGGACGGAUCAGGGAGAUGAUUCAGAGAAGAGCUCCUGUAAACCCAGUAGUUUAGGUUCUGUUACUAGAACAUCUAAACUAUCUGCUCUUCAGGUUGAGCAGACUGGGAACACUGGCGGAUGGAUUUAGAGAUAAAAUGUUUUAUGGGAAAUUCGGUUAAAUCCCCGGAAAAAAACAUUUGUUUUUUUUCAAAUCCUUCGUUUUCAUUUAUCUUAAAAAAAUUUAAAUCUCCACAUGGGUGACAUUUUUUCUUCGAAUUAUUAAGAUUUGAUAUUAUAAAUACUGGUGAAUUUUUGGCAAUUUGUCGUUAUAGAAACAUAAUUAAAUUUUUUAAUGCAAACAAAUCUAAGGGUUCUUUUUGUUGGCAUCAAACCCUUUCAGGUGCUUUUCCAGCGAACGACAAUUGGAAAAUAAAAUGUAAAAAUACGAAAUAGCUCAAUUAAUACAAUUUUGUCCAAUCCAAUAUUGUCUGACCAAAUAAUAUGUAAUAGCUACUUCUAUACAAGAAAAUGCUUAUUUUAACAAAUCAAAAUUUUCAGGACUUACUUGCGCCUGAGAAUCAAAUCUAAAAGAAAACAAAAUCGAAAGCAUUUUUUAUUUAAACACGUUUAA